UCCCCCGUCUAUGUCUCUACUCUUUCUCCUCUCCCUCCAACACCAUAUCACCUCCUACCGACACCACCCUCCUACCACCACGCUACACACUCAAUUCGCCAUUUUGACUGACCCUGCUUGAUUCUUGUUGGUUUUCCUCUCCCAGGUUGUUGGAACCUUAACGUGGACCUUAUUCUACCCCCAGAUUCUUUGAUUUACACAUGGUGUUUGGUAUAUUCACAAGUGAGACUUUAUUUUGUUUUCCCUCUUGUGUGUCUCCAUCAAAGAUGGCCGCGGGGCCGUAUAACUAUUCCUACAUAUUUAAAUAUAUCAUCAUUGGUGAUAUGGGAGUAGGGAAAUCCUGCCUCUUACACCAAUUCACAGAAAAGAAAUUUAUGGCAGACUGCCCACAUACCAUUGGUGUGGAGUUUGGUACAAGAAUAAUUGAAGUUGCUGGUCAGAAAAUCAAACUUCAGAUUUGGGACACGGCUGGUCAGGAACGUUUCCGGGCGGUCACUAGAAGUUAUUAUCGUGGAGCCGCAGGGGCUCUUAUGGUCUAUGAUAUCACGAGGAGAAGUACAUACAACCAUUUAAGCAGUUGGUUAACGGAUGCCAGGAAUUUAACAAAUCCUAAUACGGUUAUAUUUUUGAUUGGCAAUAAAUCAGAUUUAGAAGGACAAAGAGAUGUUACAUAUGAAGAAGCUAAACAGUUCGCUGAAGAAAAUGGUUUAAUGUUCCUAGAAUGUAGUGCUAAAACUGGAGAAAAUGUAGAGGAUGCUUUUCUGGACACAGCUAAAAAAAUUUACCAAAAUAUUCAAGAUGGAAGUCUUGACCUGAAUGCUGCCGAGUCCGGAGUACAGCACAAACCGUCAGCUCCCCGUAAUGCUCUUAAUACAGACCAAGCCCCAAGCAAAGAGGGCUGUGGUUGCUAGCCUUAACAACUAGUGUGCUAUCAACGUGGUGUGUAAUUACAUCAACAUAGAAACACUCUUCUACAACUGGACGAUGAAUGAGGACACUUAUUGAGUGUGAGUGAGGGAGAGUGUGUGUUUGAGUGAGAGAGUGAGUGGGAGUGAGAAAGGAUGACAAAUUGAACAACCAUUCCAUGUUCUGCCAAUGUUGUGUGCAGAAGUUCCCAAAUAUUGUGGAUAGUAGGUGCUAGAUGGCGGGGGAAACCAGCAAAACCUGCACUGACCAGCAACACUGACCACUUCAAUGUUGACCUCCUGCAAAAUCUUGCUGCUGUCUACGUGUAACUGGGCAUCUAGGGACAGCUCUUCAAUUUUUGAUUUUGUUUUUUUUUUAAUCCUUUUAUGUGGCUUUUUUGUUUUUGUUUGUUUUUCUUUUGUGUAUGUGUGUGUGUGUGUUGUUUAUCUUCUUCCCUCUGUGCGUGCAUGUGUGUGUGUGUUCUGUCUAAGCUGGUCAAUAGCACCUGCUGGUAAUUUGCAUAUCAAGUCUUUCCAAAAAAUAAAAAGGAAAAAAAGAGAAAAAAUGUUAAAUUAAUUUAGCCCAAACCUGCUGCCAUUUUUGUAGAGUCCUGCCUAGUUGUUGUAUUAAUGCUAACAUCCCAGUUAGGAAGCUGAGAGAGAGAGAGAGAGAGAGAGAGAUGUGUUGGUCGAUGAUCCACAAUAUGUAUGUAUGUAUGUGUAUAUGUAUAUAUAUAUAUAUAUAUAUAUAUUUAUUGCCACCCACCCCAGUCCUCUUCCUCCUCCUCCUCCUCACAAUUAGACGACAACAACUGUAAGCAUUUUAUCUUUGUUGACUCUCCUCCCCCUCCUAAACAGAUUAAUAUGUUGUAAGUCGUUAAAUAUAAUUAACUGUGAUGUCAUCUCUAAUACUAUAUCUGUCUGUCUGUCACAUCUCUCCUCUGCCCUUUCCCCCUCCCCCCCGUCUCAACAACACAACCAAUCACAUCCUCCGCCUCAAAACCGUUCCUUCAAUUAUAUGGAGAAACCGUUCUAAUGAGAGGUUUUAAUUAAUUGUCAUUUAUUGUUAUUUUGUUUUUAAUUAGUAAAGACAAGAAGAGAACCAGUUGUAUUAUGUUAUGUUUCUUUUUUUUUUUUUUUUCAAUUUUAUUCAUAUUUAUUCUGUCUGGGGUUUAUAACUGUGACCUUUCACCUUUUGUUUGGCUGACAUCAAGGUUAGUGAACUUUCUGUGUAAGCUUUGACAUUCGUUUCUGAUGGAGUUUGUUACACACACACACACACACCCACAUCUUACUGCUGAACUUCUUAACAACUUUCCCUGCCGUAAAUUCCUUCAGUAAUCUCCUUAACACCUCUCCUUGCUCUCCCUAACUCCUCUCCUAUAUCACACUACAGUUUAUAUAAACCCACAACUUACUGACAAAGAAUCCAGUUAUUUCUAGAUACAUUUAAAACGAUGGAGGUCUGGUGGGGUGUCAAGAAUUUCAAGUUUUGUCUUUUGUUAGUUUUGGAAACUAAAACAAUUCUAUUUAUUAAAAAAAACUUGUUGAAAAUGUUUUAUCCUUAGAGUUUCUCUUUCUUGGGGCUAACUUAACAAUUUUUCCUAUUUCCCAUCUUGAAGAACCCUUAUCCCUAAUUUACCCCAGUUUUACUUUUCUGUCAUUUGGUUGGCUACAGUAUCUUUGGAAUCUAAACUACUUUGCUCUCUUCUGCCUUACACCAUUGCAGGCUUCUUUUUCUAAUGAAACCUUAAUUUUUCUCACACCCCUACUAAUUCACCCUACUCCUUGAACCUUAACAUAUGUUUAAGGGUCAGUUUGAAAGUCAACAAAUUUUUUUUUAAAUGCCCACAAAUGUUGUUUAUCAGUUGUUUCUGAAACCGUAUCUCAACUGGUAUUUUACAAUAUGUCGAUAUUGUUUGUGAUCUUGGGAUCAGUUAUUCUAGAAAUAUUCUCUAGAUCACGUUUUCUUUUCUCUGUAAUUCCCUGUGGACAAUUCACACCAUCCAAUCAUUUUCCACAAAAGAACCAAUACUAAUUGUAUGUUGAAGGUGUGUGUGUGUGUGUGUGGAGGGGAGGACUGACCAGUCAUGGCAGCCACAAAACCCAUUCUCACCAUUUCACACCAUGAAACUAAAUAACCUGUAAAAUUAGAUUUCAACAAAAGUAGUUCUUUUCUUCCUUCUUUCUUUUACAAAGGAGUUGGGGGGGGGUCUCUACUCCUUUUCCCCUGACUACUACUACUACUACUGUUGUUGCUAUACUGUGAUGAUGAAAUGAUGUUUGUGUGUCUUGAGAAAGGUCUGUCACUCACACUCCAAUAUUCAAUCUAUAACACUCAAUCAUACGACACUUCUCACUCCAAAAAUUACGAAAUACAUUUUAAAAGGUAACCAAAGCUACUCAGUUCUUUUAUAUUUGUCUGAGGUUUAGGUCUCUCCAUUCCCGACUGUUUGGAGUCUCCACUCCAAAAUGUUAGAUUCAGAGCUUCACUCAAUAUUGUCAAGUUGAGCUUUCCAUUCACUCAGGUUAAAUGUAGGCCUCUAACUCAGAUCCCCCCCCCCUCCAUUAGUCAUUCUUGAGAAACAUCUGAUGAUGAAAU